AUGCGACGCCUCGUGGGUCUUCUUGUCGCCUGCGCCGUCCCGAUCCUCGGGCAGCUGCGCUUCAUGCCCAUGGUGGAGCCCAUGUACGUCGCGCGGAAGCCACUGCAGUUCAUGCCCCAUUCGGCGGCGUCCACCUGCGCCUUGGUGAACCGCUGCGACCGGUACCGCUUCAUGCCCCGCCGGACGGCCGAGAUCCAGCCACGCCCAACGACGCAGCUGCCAACGGCGGCACCAACGACAGCGACGCCACGCACUAUGACACCGUCGCCGGCGACAACAGCCCCAGGUGCCACGCCGCCCAAUGCAACGACGAUAGAGCCAACAAGUCGCCCGCCGUUGACUGGCCACCCUGUUCCGUCCAGCGGCUUCGCGACGACUGCGCCAUUGUCGCCAGGCGCGACGCCUUCGUAUGAGAAUCGUACACCAAGUCCAUCGUCCGAGUCGACCAAGCGACCCCACGACGAUGCCAUCGACCGUCCCAACGGUUCGCCGCCACCAGGCCCCAUACCCAUGAAGCCGGCGACCGACUCGUCCUUGUCGUCGGGUGCGAUCGCUGGAAUUGCAGUUGGCGCCACCGUCUGCGUCCUCGGCGCGGCGGCGCUGCUCUUUGUCUGGAAGAAGAAGCGCGUGAACGCGGCCAAGCACCAGGAAAUCAUCGACGACCACACGACAGGCAGCGGCCAGUACUUUGCGCUCUUGUAG